UAUUUAUACAAAUUAAAUAAUAGUGAUAUAUGAGUUAAUAAUAAUUACCAUAUUAAAUAAUUUGCUACAAAUAUAAAUCUUUAUAAAGAAAAUUGUACAUCAUAAUUACAUAUAUGUCAUGUCAUCAUUGUUUUGAGAGUGAAUUAAUGUGGUGAUAACAUACAUGCAUAUCGCAUCACAAUUAAUGUCUAUAAAAUUUAUCACUAUAUAUUUUAUGUCUUUUCAAUUUAACUAUAAAUGAAUUUUGUUUAAAAAAAACUUUGGUUAGUGUUAUUCAAUAAAUAACGAAAUUUAACACAAAGCAAAUGACUUUUCAAGAAAAGAUGGUUUUCCUAAAUAUGAUAUCAAAAAAAGGAUUUGUUUACUAAUACGAAAUUUGACUUAGUGAAAAGCCUUGAUGACUUCCCGAUUUUACCAUAAAUCACUCAUAACUGUUUAGUCUUAAAUUUUGUUUCUAUGGUAUUUUCAUGUAAUAUAAGGCAUGGUUGAAAUCAUUUUAUAAAUUUACUGACUUAAUAUAGAGACUACUCUCUACCUCUCUCACUUACCCAACUCUAUAUAUAGUUUCUCUUUCUUCGGUUUUCUUAUCAUCGAACCUUCCUUUCUUUUCCUCUCUCUCGUUCUGGCUCUCAGUCUUCAAACCAGAACACAAGAUACAGUCACUGUCUCAAAAUUCUAACGUAAGAUCAAAACAGAAGCCAAUGGUUUCUCUGCUUACAAUGUCGACGAGCGGUGCUAUAACAUAUCCUCAAGCCCAAAGUGAUUUAUGCAUGAGGCCCAUCAAAAGACAGCCGAAAGUUAAAUGCACGGUGCACAUCGACGUAACGGAGCAACCCCUAAAACUUUCUUCAUUUACACCCAGAACCACUGCGACGCCGCCGCCGCAGCAUAAUUCCCUCCGACUAAACAUCUUCCAGAAAGCGGCGGCGAUUGCUAUUGACGCGGCUGAGCGCGCGUUAAUUUCCCACGAGAAAGAUACUCCUCUUUCCAAAACCGCUGAUCCAAGUGUUCAGAUCGCCGGUAAUUAUUUUCCGGUAUCGGAAUAUCCCGUCCGACAAUUUCUUACCGUCGAAGGAACAAUCCCUGACAGCAUUGACGGAGUUUACGUCCGUAACGGCGCAAAUCCAAUGUUCGACCCGAUCGCUGGACACCAUUUAUUCGACGGAGACGGAAUGGUUCACGCCAUUAAAAUAACCAACGGUUCAGCAAGCUACGCAUGCCGGUUUACUAAAACCGAGAGAUUGAUUCAGGAAACACGAUUGGGUAGACCGGUUUUCCCGAAAGCAAUCGGCGAGCUUCACGGCCACUCGGGAAUCGCACGUCUGAUGCUUUUCUACGCACGUGGGCUUUGCGGUCUCGUCAACAACCAAAACGGCGUCGGUGUAGCGAACGCCGGUUUGGUUUACUUCAAUAACCGGCUGUUAGCAAUGUCAGAAGACGAUUUACCGUAUCAGCUGAAAAUAACUCAAACCGGGGAUCUCGAAACCGUUGGGCGUUACGAUUUCGACGGUCAGUUAAAAUCCACGAUGAUCGCCCACCCGAAACUCGACCCGGUUACGAAGGAGCUCCACGCGCUGAGCUACGACGUCGUGAGAAAGCCUUACUUGAAGUACUUCAGAUUCUCGCCGGACGGCGUUAAAUCACCGGAACUAGAGAUCCCGCUCGAGACUCCGACGAUGAUUCACGAUUUCGCUAUAACGGAGAACUUCGUGGUGAUUCCGGAUCAACAAGUCGUGUUCAAGCUAGGGGAGAUGAUGGCCGGAAACUCGCCGGUGGUUUUCGACGGCGAUAAGGUUUCGCGAUUGGGGAUAAUGCCGAAAGACGCGACGGAGGCUUCCGAGAUAAUCUGGGUGGAUUCGCCGGAGACGUUCUGUUUCCAUCUCUGGAACGCGUGGGAAUCGCCGGAGACUGAGGAAGUGGUGGUGAUCGGGUCGUGUAUGUCGCCGGCGGAUUCUAUCUUCAACGAGAGAGACGAGAGCUUGAAAAGCGUCUUGACGGAGAUCAGGAUAAACCUCAGGACGCGUGAAUCCACGCGUCGAGCGAUGAUGGUCGACGAUGUGAAUUUAGAGAUCGGUAUGGUUAACCGAAACCGGUUAGGUAGGAAAACCCGGUUCGCGUUUCUGGCUAUCGCUGAUCCUUGGCCGAAAGUCUCCGGUUUCGCUAAGGUUGAUCUUGUCACCGGCGAAAUUGAAAAGAACGUUUACGGCGAUGAGAAGUACGGCGGAGAACCUUUUUUCUUGCCUAGUGGCUCCGUUGACGGUGGAGAUAAUGAAGAUGAUGGUUAUAUAUUCUGUCACGUUCACGACGAAGAGAAAGAGACGUCGGAACUUCAAAUUAUUAACGCCGUUAAUUUAAAGCUUGAAGCUACGAUCAAACUACCGACUAGAGUACCGUACGGUUUUCAUGGUACGUUUGUGGAUGCAAGUGAACUCGUGGACCAAGUAUAAUAAUUAUUGUAAUUUGUAGGUUUUGAUAUCUAUUAUUUCUAAAUAUUUGGCCUCAUCUGGACGGGCAUCGUUUUGACAUA